AACCAGCCCAAAAUAGGAAAGUGAUAUAUUUUAUAGUAAAAAUAACCAUGUAGCCAGAAUAUAAUACUCUGCUUAACUCUGACUCUUCCACUAAAAGCCCUAGAAGCUGUUAUCUCCAAAAGUAUAGUAUAAUAUUGUGGUUACAUACGGCUUUUGUAACUCGACAAAUCGAUGAAGUUGUCAUUAUAUCGCGCUCCGCGUAUAACGUUACUGUUGCCUUCAACGCAGGCCUCUAGCCCAGCAGCCAGCAGUCCAGACUGACCUUCCGAAUAUUUUCGAGACAUUGAAGGAAGACAGUUUCUUGUGACGGAGGAGGACUGGAGGUCGAGGCAGUAUAUAUGUCUCAGGAGGCGGCGGGCGUGGAGAAUCCUGAGUGUGUUAUUGUGGAAGAAAGAAAUGGUUCUGAAGAUGAGUUUAAAUAUGAAGUGGCCCUGGAGCCAGGGUGUGCAGAGUUGCCUGUGGACAGUACUGCAGACGAGGAGGCAGAAGACCCUUUAAGGAUGGAGAGCGGGUCGGAGGGCGCCGACGAGUACAAGUUCGAGGUGGCCGUGGAGCCCGAGUGUGUGCUCGUGCCCGUCGAGAUCGAGAGCUUUCACGACAAAUCUCGCCCCUCCAUGCUCCCGCUUCGCGAUCACGACACCGUCGACACCACAAACUCUGAAGAGGAGCUGCAGGAAACUUACACUGACUCUCCACAAAACGCAGAGAACGCCUGUGACAACUGCGGCAGAGCAUACGCACACAAACGUAGUCUUAUUCGUCACAUGGUGAUAUGUCUGCCUGGGACGACGCCUAACCCUAAUAUAAUCAGUCAAAGCACAACGAGGGCAAAGAAAUUUACCUGCGAAAUAUGCCAACAGACUUGCGACGAUUUUGAUCAUUUAAAGAGUCAUAUCCGAAGCCACACAGGAGACAAACCAUUCACAUGCGAAAUUUGCAACAAAGAAUUCGCUCUUUUAUACUAUCUGAAGAAACAUAAGCGUGUUCACGCCGGGGAAAUAUCGUGUGAAGUAUGCAAUAAAGCAUUUGCGACACCUAGCCAUUUAAAACGACAUCAAUCAACCCAAAGGUGUGCAAAGACAUUUUCGUGUAAACUAUGUGACGAGAAAUUUGCAACGACAAGUAGUUUUAAUAUUCACCAGCGAACUCACACUGGUGAGAAAAUAUUCUCUUGCAAGAGUUGUCUGAAGAAGUUUACGAGCUCGAGCAACUUGAGGAUACACGAGUAUAUUCACACUGGUGAGAAGCCGCACAAGUGCGAGUUCUGCAGCAAGCGGUUCACGCAGGUGAGCACUCUGAACAACCACCGGCGCAUACACACAGGUGAAAAACCAUACUCAUGCGAAUAUUGCUUGAAGAAGUUUGCGUUUUUAGGCAACUAUAAGGCACAUAAACUUAUUCACUUAUAAUAACGUUAAAGUCGGUUAAGAAAUGAAAUAUUGAACAAAAACUUUAAUAUAUAUAAUAUAUAAUGGAUGGCGGUCAA